CAUCAUUACGCUUACCAUUGCACUUAUUGCAACAAUUUUUUAAUCGUUAACCAAGUUCAAAUAAUAUUAUCUUUACACAAUAGUUUCGCUAUAAUAAUGUAUCGCGUUAUAUUAUUUUUAUUAUUCAUAAUAAGAACAAAUGCACUUUUCGACAACGAUUUGGAUUUCAAUUGUAGAGGAAAGACGUUUAAAAAUGUCACUUUGACAGCGUAUUAUCCGGAUUAUACUAACCAAGAUAACGAGUUUGGUUUUCAAGAUAAGAAAGGAAGAAAACUAAGAACAUUACAGGAUUAUUUAGACGGACGUAAUGACUACGUCACACUGGGUAUGGACGAGCAGCUCGGUAUGCCCUACGGGACAAAAGUAUGUAUUCCCGAAUUAAACAAGCAUUUUGGCCACAGGAUAAGAUUGGAAGUUAGAGAUUCUUCAUUUGAUUUGUACGGUUUAGGGUAUUCUAGAGCUGAUAUUUGUGUUAGAACUGAAAUAGAUAGUUAUGACACAAUUGUUAAUAGACAGGUUACGUUGAUUUUUGUUUAAAUGAUUAUUAGUUAGUAUAAAAUUAUUAUUGUAUCAUAUAAUGAUGUGUAAAAUGUAUUAUUUUAAGAAAUACUAAUAUAAAAAUGUA